AUGACCAAUUCCACUACCGUGACUGAAUUUCUCCUUGAAGGCUUUGGUAUUUCGUGGGAGCUAAGGUUGCUGAACUCCAUGCUAUUUCUGCUUAUGUACUUGUUUACUCUUUUUGGAAAUCUUCUUAUUGUCACAGUCACAACAUUUGACCAGAACCUUCACACACCUAUGUACUUUUUUCUCAGAAAUCUAUCAAUGUUAGACAUGUGCUACAUUUCUGUCACUGUACCCAAUGCCUGUGUGGCCUCUCUCACCAACAGUAGGACCAUUUCAAUAGUCGGCUGUGCAACUCAGGUAUUCUUGGUCAUCUACUUUGCGAUUGUAGAGAUGAUGUUUCUCACUAUUAUGGCCCGUGACCGCUAUGUAGCCAUCUGCCAACCCCUCUAUUACCCAGUCAUCAUGAAUUACCAAUUUUGUGUCAGGAUGACCCUGGCUUCCCUGAUCAGUGGCCUAAUCUAUUCAGGGGUGCACACAGGCAACACAUUCCACUUACCCUUCUGUCAGUCCAAUGUGAUCCAUCAGUUUUUCUGUGAUGUCCCCUCUCUGCUAAAACUCUCCUGUUCCGACACAUCUAGUAAUGAAAUAUUGAUUCUUGUAUCUGCCAUUGUGGUUUGUGGUGGCUGCUUUAUCUUCAUUGCCAUUUCAUAUAUUUGCAUAUUUUCUACUGUGCUCAAGUUUCCCACUGGAGAGCGAACGAAAGCCUUUUCCACUUGUGUCCCUCACAUCCUCGUGGUUUCUGUUUUUCUUACUUCAAUAGCCUACGUGUGUCUAAAACCUUCAGUAGCCUCUGAAACAAAUCAGAGCAUCAUUCCUUCUGUACUUUAUACCAUUGUCCCUCCACUGUUGAAUCCCAUUAUCUAUAGUCUUAGAAAUAAACAGGUAAAGGGAGCAGUAAGAAAGGUGAUGUUUAGAAAGAUUUACUGA